AAAAGUUUUAAACGUUUUAAACGUUUGUAAUUUUUAUUUUUUUGAAAUCGUUUCAUAUACGAAUGAAUAUUAAAUAAUAAUUAUACGCUUCUGUCUACAAUAAAUUGCUGUUUGAAAUAUUCAAAGUAUUAUAAUUCCUGUUCAACUGACGAAAACGCAAUGUCAUCUAGUACAGAUGAAGAAUUGGACAUGUUGUCGCCCUCAUUCAAUCCGAUCAAAGCUCUGUACGCAAAAGACGUAAAGGUGCCUAGCACGACUGCUCAACCAUUAGACAAUAUAUCAAAAUUUGAACUUACUCCUUCAGGAGAAGUCUUAAUCAAACCUGAUAGAAUCAGAAAAGUUAACGAAUAUAACAUCAAACCAAUAAAACGUGAUUUAAGUGGAGUGGCCGGCACAUCUCAAGUAUCAUUAGUUCAACGGAUUAUUAAACAGAGACGAACUGUAUUGGCACGUAUGUCAGAAAUUAGCAAAUCUCGUGGGCCACUAUCUCGUAUUGCAACGUUUUGUUACUCAAAACAACGUGUCAAAGUCUACAUACGAUCGGCUGUGUCUGUCCGAGGUCACUGUGAAGGAUACAUUAUUGCUUAUGACAAACAUUGGAACUUAGUGAUGGAUGAUGUAGAUGAAGUAUGGACGAGAAAAAACAAAUACAAAUCAUUAGCGUUCGGCGACGCGAAAAGUCUUGUUGAUCCCGUGGAGAAACCGUACGCAGUCGUCAAGAGGAUUCGAGGACACCAAGUGUGCCGGAGGCACGUACCCCGAUUUUUGGUCCGUGGAGAGCAGAUUGUUCUAGUGGCCAAAUGUCGAUCUUGAAUAACGAUACUAUACAACAAUAUGAUUAUGUUAAAAUAAAUGUAUAUUUUUUA